AUGGCGAAGUUAACCCGUCAGAAUCAGGAAUUGACCAAGGAGAUUAAUUUGAAGAAGCAAUGCUACGAGGGGUACACUGAAGGUCAAGCCCAAAAUCAAGAAGCUAGGGGAAAUGUUGAACCUAAAAGCCAAUCAAGGGGUACCAUGUCAAGAAGGGUGCUACAUUUGGAGAAGGAAAUGGACCAAAUGAGGAAGGUUAUGGAGGAGAUGAGGGAGAACAUGAGAAGGGAAAAUCCAAUAGAAGAUCUAGUCCACCGAACAGAUUCCCUUUUUACGGCUUCCAUCAACGGUCACCCCUUGCCUCCGAAAUUCAAGAUGCCUUCAUUGGAUUCGUACGAUGGAACACGUGACCCAUUUGAUCAUAUUGCUACUUUCAAGACUACCAUGCACCUUCAAGGAGUCCCAAAUGAGAUUAUGUGUAGAGCCUUCCCUACCACUCUCAAAGGACCGGCACGAGUGUGGUUCAGCAAAAUACCCCCGAAUACAAUAAAGAUGGACGAGGUAGACCAAGAAAAGACGUCUUUCAUUACCAGUCAAGGUUUAUUUUGCUAUAAGGUGAUGCCUUUUGGCCUGAAGAACGCGGGGGCAACUUAUCAAAGGUUGGUAAAUCACAUGUACCAUCCACAGAUAGGACGAAAUAUAGAGGUAUAUGUGGAUGACAUGCUUGUAAAGAGUGUGGAUGAAGAAAAGCAUUUGGAAGAUCUCCAAGAGACCUUUGAGACGCUUAGACGAUACAGAAUGAAGCUGAAUCCAAGUAAAUGUACGUUCGGGGUGUCAUCAGGAAAGUUUCUAGGAUUUAUGGUUUCACAAAGGGGGAUUGAAGCAAAUCUAGAUAAGAUCCAAGCCAUAUUGAACAUAAAACCACCAAAGAACAUCAAGAAAGUCCAGUCUCUUACUAGACGAGUUGCAGCUCUGAACAUGUUUGUCUCAAAAGCCACCGAUAAGUGUUUACCCUUCUUCAAAGUUCUCAGGAAGGCGCUCGAGUGGACGGAUGAAUGUCAAAAGGCCUUCUAA